AUGAGUGACACCUUACAAACAAGUGGAAGCACAACCCAGAACAGUCCAGCAAAGGAUUCUUCUGUGGAUUCUUCUGUAGACUUUAUGAGCCUUUUUAAAAAACUUGAAGAAACUUGGGAAGUUGCUUUGCAUGAUAAGCGCCAGAUUAUGGACGAUGCCUCAAUCUGGCAACAAUCGUGGUUCAAGGAGAUUGAGUUUGGUCCUCAAAGCUGGAUUUUUCUACAGAGACUUACAAACGCCCCAUAUUUGACUUUAUUUCUCGGGGAAUGUGUCUUUCUGAUGCAUACAAUACUAGAUGAAAUCGAUGGCCCUAAUACAAAAUCCAAGUCUCCUGAUGAGUCCAUGAAGUCCAAUGGCGAACAAAACAUAACAGACAUUAAGCUCAGCAACAAUGGCGAUAUCGAUAUAAAGAAUAGUUCAAUAGUUGAUAGAUCACCAUUAAUCUUAGACCAACAAAGAUCCGAGAAAUGCCUUGCUCUUUGGGCCCAACAAGGACAGUCUGUUAUUGACUGGCUAGAGGACCAACCGACUCUAGAAGCCAUUGAAUGUCUCGUGGAGUGCAUGUUUAGGAUUGUACGUGCAAUUGACGACCCUAAAGAGAAAUGGACCGUAGAAACGAGCGAGAAAUUUGCGAUCUUGAAACAGUUUACCGGUCAAACUAGCAAACAGUCCGAUAUUGAAAAUCUGGCCAGAGUAUUGAAAAGCGUUCGGAUUCCUGAUAGUGUAAUUAAUGGUGUCUGUGAUUUUUGGCAAGAUUUCAAGAACGGUAAUAAAGAUGGAGCAUCUUUCUUUCACUACCUUGGAGCCAUCAUUGUUUAUGCAAAUGGCUCGAGACAUGCAUUGGCACAGAAAGCAGUCUAUUAUGUUGAAAAUCUAAUCAGUCCCUUUCCUGGAGGUUUCUCACCCACUGUUUCCCAUUAUUCAAAGCAGUUGGGAAAACUAGUGUUUUGGAAUAAUUCCCAAAGCUGCGCGGCCUUCAAUACGGCCCAAUAUGAAGCUGCCAAGCUUGCUUUCAAUAGCCAAUCUUCGGAGGACUAUGAAUACAUACUACAGAACAUUCAGCUUAACCUCUCCGAAGCAUUUCCAAAGUCUAUUAAAAUGAAGGAAAUAGACAUGGAUAUUGCAGUUCCACCAAAAGCAUGGCCAGACACUACACAACCCCAGUCUGAACAACACAAACAUUAUAGCAAAGUUGUCUAUGAAAUAAUUGGCUUAAAAGUAAUUUGCAGUGGUGUUGAUUACAACUACCGCACAAAAACUGGGAUUCCGCUGUAUUCUGACUAUGGACAUGCGGUAGCUACUGCUUCAGAUAUUUGUGUCAGUAUUUCCGUAUCACCUUCAGGAAAUGAUCCGUUUUCAUACAAAGUUGAUAAGUGCAUCUGCACCAUUGGGGAUUUUGACAUUUCUUUUCAAGAAACACGGCAUAGUCUCUUGAAUAGGCUGUCCAUAAAGAAAUUCAAAAAGAAUAUCAAGCAUGUAUUGAUCGAAAAUAUACAACGAGGUGUAGCUACUAUAUUUUCACAAUUAUUUUCCCAUCAAUAA